GUGAGGGGAAGCUUCGCAGGCGUGCACGGAGCAGUGAGAUCACUGGCGUUAUAAAUAUCCCAGUGCCAGCGCCGAGAUCCGUUCGGGUGGCCUCCCUCUCUCUCUCUCCCCCUCUCUCCCUCUCUCUCUUCCCCGAGGCUAUGUCCACCCGGUGCGGCGAGGGGGGCAGCGCCAGAGGCACGCAGCCGCGCGGGGGCUACGGAGCCCAGAACCAACCCUGCAAGAUGCACUUAGGACCCCCGCGGCUGGAAGCAUGAGCUUGUCCUUCCUCCUCCUCCUCUUCCUUAGCCACCUGAUCCUCAGCGCCUGGGCUCAAGGGGAGAAGCGCCUCGCACCCAAAGGGCAGCCCGGACCGGCUGCCACGGAGAGGAACCCGGGAGGCGCCAGCAGCCGCCGGAGCAGCAGUAGCACCGCGUCUUCCUCUUCUUCCCCUGCCUCCUCCUCCUCCGCGGCUUCUCGGGGCGGCCCAGGAAGCGGCUUGGAGCAGAGCAGCUUCCAGUGGAGCCCCUCGGGGCGCCGGACCGGUAGCCUCUACUGCAGAGUGGGCAUCGGUUUCCAUCUGCAGAUCUACCCGGAUGGCAAAGUCAAUGGCUCCCACGAAGCCAAUAUGUUAAGCCAAAUUUACAGAUGACUGCAAGUUCAGGGAGCGAUUUCAAGAAAACAGCUAUAAUACCUAUGCCUCCGCGAUACACAGAACUGAAAAGACUGGGCGGGAGUGGUACGUGGCCCUGAACAAGAGAGGGAAGGCUAAACGGGGCUGCAGCCCCCGGGUUAAACCUCAGCACGUCUCUACCCACUUUCUGCCAAGAUUCAAGCAAUCGGAGCAGCCGGAACUUUCUUUCACAGUUACUGUUCCCGAAAAGAAAAAACCACCUAAUCCCGUCAAGCCAAAGGUUCCCCUUUCCGCACCUCGGAGAAGUCCUAACACGGUGAAAUACAGACUCAAGUUUCGCUUUGGUUAA